AUGAUGCUGUUGGCAUCUCCAUGGGGCAGGAUACCUACAACUCCUAUCGAUUCCAGGCACGAAUCUUUGAAGGUCACGUGCAUGGAGAGCUCUGGCAAUCUAUCAAAGGCAGUCAGAAUGAAUAGGCGUUCCUUUCGUCGAAAGAGCAUCGCUUAUCCCACUUCUAUAGUCAUUGAAGUGACAAAUCAGGAGGAGGAAAAGGAUAAGUCAAAGUACACCGAGGAACGGACGUCAGAGAAGCAGGUAAUUCGACAGAAGCGGAAGGUGAAAGCAGAUGUUUCCCUUUACAUUGAUAUUCACAAUCCACCGGAAGAUGUCCGGCAAAGCGACACGACCUUAAGAAACGAUAGCACAGUUCUGAAGGUCUUGGAGCCCUUCUAUUUGAGUAAGUCUGCCAGUGAACCACGUCAACAGCGCAUUGAGAAUAAUUUUAAUGAAAAUGAAAUGGCCUGUCUAUUCAAAGGUGGUUUUCAGGUCAAGGCAUUGGAAUUGCUGUCUCUUGAAUCGUCGAUUUCUGAACAUGAGAGAGGAGAAGAAUCGUCUUUAGGAUUGGCGACUAUUCAAGUGACAGCUUCUCUUUCAGCCGAAAUUUCUCCUCUAUUAAAGCUUAUCGCUCCAAUUCUCGCCAAACACCUAAAGUGUCCUGUUGAGGUCCUUGAAAAGGCGGGUCGGAAAAAAGAGGACAUUGAUCAGAUUCUUUCCCGUUUGACAGCACUACUCAGUCACAAAACCAUUUUAUGUGACUUCUCUGGCAUUCCAACGCAGUAUAGUUCUCAAAGUGAUAAACAGUACUCUUCAUCACUUCCGUCUUAUCCUCCUCCACCACCGGAAUCAUACAUGCACAGGCACACUUCCGACUCUAAUCCAUCGUUUCUCUCCUCGGAGGCGCCUGUUCCCUCAAUACCCGAACGCACAGUUCCCAAAACCACCACUUAUGAUUUUUACUACCACCUACAGCCACCACCGCCCCCUCCGACAGCAGAACCGCGACUCCAUCGACGCUGA